GGAUAAAAACCGGACAAACAACCAGCAUUACACAUUAGGUAAAUACUAUUUCAUUAUAGCGAGAGAGCAAGCUCGUCUCAUCGUCUUCAGCCAUGGAAGGCACCGUACCUUUCUCAUCCGUUGCUUCCCGUCAUUUCUCUGCAACUUCAACUUCACUCCCGCAAAAUAGAACCCUCUCCGAUUUUAGAAAAUCGACCAACAGCAUGUGCUCCUCUCCAUGGACUGCCUCAACUCUCUCCGUUGCCUUCUCUUCAAGAAAUUCUUUCACUAGGGAUAUUUGGGGCUUGGUGAAUUCUAAGGGUGUUCUUACUGUUAGAAGAGAAAGGAGCAGUGUUGUUAGGGCCGAAAUGUUCGGUCAGCUUACGGGUGGCCUCGAAGCAGCGUGGAAGAAGCUCAAAGGGGAAGAGGUAUUAACGAAGGAAAACAUUGUGGAACCUAUGCGAGACAUUAGGAGAGCUCUUUUAGAAGCAGAUGUAAGCCUUCCUGUAGUGAGGAGGUUUGUCCAAGCUGUAAGCGAACAGGCUGUUGGUGUUGGCUUGAUUCGAGGAGUGAGACCAGAUCAGCAACUGGUCAAAAUUGUACAUGAUGAACUAGUAAAAUUGAUGGGUGGAGUGGUUUCUGAAUUGGUUUUUGCAAAAUCUGGCCCCACUGUAAUUUUAUUGGCUGGUCUACAAGGUGUUGGAAAGACAACUGUUUGUGCAAAAUUAGCUUUUUAUCUUAAGAAGCAGGGGAAGAGUUGCAUGCUGAUUGCUGGAGAUGUGUACAGGCCUGCUGCCAUUGACCAACUUGUUAUUUUGGGCGAACAGGUUAAUGUGCCUGUUUAUACAGCAGGGGCUGGGGUUAAACCUGCAGAAAUAGCUAGGCAGGGUCUAGAAGAGGCCAAAAGGAAGAAUAUGGAUGUGGUCAUAAUGGACACAGCUGGAAGACUUCAGAUAGACAAAGCAAUGAUGGAUGAACUAAAAGAAGUUAAACAGGCACUGAAGCCUACAGAAGUUUUGCUUGUUGUGGAUGCAAUGACCGGCCAAGAAGCUGCAGCCUUGGUCACAUCAUUCAAUCUUGAAAUUGGAAUUACUGGUGCUAUUUUGACGAAACUAGAUGGGGAUUCUAGAGGUGGAGCAGCUUUGAGUGUUAAAGAGGUAUCAGGAAAGCCAAUCAAACUUGUAGGUCGGGGAGAGCGCAUGGAGGAUCUUGAACCUUUCUACCCAGACCGUAUGGCAGGACGUAUAUUAGGAAUGGGAGAUGUUCUGUCAUUUGUGGAGAAGGCACAAGAAGUUAUGCGCCAAGAAGAUGCCGAAGAACUACAGAAGAAGAUCAUGAGUGCAAAUUUUGAUUUCAACGACUUCCUAAAGCAAACCCGUGCUGUUGCACGGAUGGGUUCCAUGAGCCGUGUUAUUGGAAUGAUUCCUGGCAUGGGGAAGAUCACUCCUGCUCAAAUUCGGGAGGCAGAGAAGAGCUUGAAGAUAAUGGAAGCUAUGAUUGAAGCAAUGACCCCAGAGGAAAGGGAAAAACCUGAACUCUUGGCAGAAUCCCCUGCCAGGAGGAAGCGAGUUGCCCAAGAGUCUGGGAAAACAGAGCAGCAGGUGAGUCAACUUGUCGCUCAACUUUUUCAAAUGCGCAUUCGUAUGAAGAAUCUAAUGGGUGUAAUGGAAGGUGGAUCAAUUCCUGCACUGAACAAUCUUGAGGAGGCACUUAAAUCUGAACAAAAGGCUCCUCCAGGUACUGCAAGGAGGAAGAGAAGAUCAGAAUCAAGGAGGCAGUUUGCAGACUCGGCAUCGGGAAGGCCAAGUCCUCGUGGUUUUGGGGCCAGGAAUUGAGAAAUUAACUUCAAUGGACACAGGUCAUACAGCUGUGGGAACUCAUAGGUCAACGGUUACCAGAUCUGAAUUCAAAUCUUAUGCUUGUUAUUAACUUCAAUCUUAUGUUUCUAGUUCUUUCAUUCUUUUAGCUGGGGUGGGAGGAAGUUCCUCCCUGUUUUUAUUUGACAUCCAUACUUAACCAUGCAAAUUUUAUGAAUAGGUUGUUGUUAGUGUGUCC